GGCGGCACCGUAGGCGGGGCAAGAUGACGUUUUGGACAAGGGUGAUACGGAGAAGGGGGGUGGGGCUAUCUGAAGCCCCUGCCUUCCCACAGAGCCACACGGGUCUCGAGAGCGGCGGUUGGAAGUACUGCGGUGGCUGUUUGCAUUUAAUAUUUUGUCGGCGGGGAGGGAUGGUGGAGGUGUUCGUGGGUCAUACGUUGGUGAAUAAAGACGGGGAGGAGGUGGAUCCGGAGGAGGCCUUGAAAAAUAAAGUUGUGGGUAUCUACUUUUCGGGGGGCUGGUGUCCACCGUGUCGUGAUUUCACACCGCUGCUGUGUGAGUUUUACACCGAGCUAGUCCAGGAGAGCGAGCCCGCGGCGCAGUUCGAGAUUGUCUUUGUGUCUUCAGACAAGAGCGAAGAUGACAUGGUAAACUACAUGGGAGCGAUGCACGGAGACUGGCUGGCACUGCCCUGGCAUGAUAUGUACAAACUAGAAUUGAAGAAGAAAUACUGCAUAACAGCUAUUCCAAAACUGGUGAUUGUAAAACAGAAUGGUGAUGUCAUCACUGACAAAGGUCGUAAACAGAUACGAGAUCAUGGCAUGGCAUGCUUCAGGAACUGGAUCGAGGUGGCAGAAAUUUUCCAAAACUUUUCAGUUGAUUGAAAGCUGACAUGAAAUAGAUUAUAAAGAACAUGAGCUUUUCACAAACAACUGGAAAAUACACGUCUUCUUGUAAAGAGUAUUUACAACAAAAUCCAACCCCAGCAAAAACAAAUGGAUUAAGAUCAGUGGCAAGAUCCUGGAGAACAUGAACCACCGUUCAGAUGUUGCGAGUCUACUGUUAGUGAAGACAAACACAUAAUAAAAUUCAUCAUUGCUUCAAUCUACUUAACGUUUUGGUGUGAAUAUUCAAUGACCAUGUGACUAACGAGAACUAAAAUCAGGUAGUUUACCAAGUAGCAGUGACGCUGUGCACCAACAUGCUUUUGAUGCUUGAACAACCUAUAUCAGGCAGAUCUAAACAAUGUAGCAGUACCAUUAAUGGUGCAUUUGCAAAAUCCUCGAAAUUCUGUUGCAACAAAAGUGAUUCAACAACAGCAUCCUCUCCCAAGCAAAUAUGGCCAGUAACCAUUCAAAACCAGCUCCACUGGGCAGGACAUGACAUAUGUGUACCGAUGCAGAUUCUUGAAACAAUUGCUUUGCUGAAAACUUGAAUAGAUCAGUAGAAGAAAAUCUGUGUUAACUAGUUUCAUGCCAAACAUAGAAUGAUUAUUUUUCCCUCAAAAAAAUUGUUAUAUAAAGUGAAAGAAAAUCUCUAGUGCUGCAUUACGCACUCUGGAUGUUCCAGAGCACCGUGCAUGAAGUUAAUUGUUUUUAAAUACAGUCACUAAUAUGUUGCAAAUAACCGACACUUUAAAAGUUACAUCAUUAACUGUUUAAGAGUAGAUGAACGACUGUUAUUAUAAUAGAUUUCUUAAAAAAAGAGCAGUGCUGGAAAUUCAAAGAAGGAAAAACAAAGGCUAGCGAUCUAUAUUUGAAAGGAAAAAGUAAUGUGUUUCCCUGGUGAAAUAGUAUCCUAGAAAUUAAGUCGCUCCAUUACACAAGUUGUCACAAAUGUGAAGUAUGACCAAGUUAAUUAAUCUCUCGGAUUAUUAAUGCCUAACUGCGACCACAAUCUAAGAUAUUAGAAACUCACCAGGUUUCAUUAAUAAAAAAACAACAAAAACUUAUUUAUUAUGACAACUUUAUCUUCUAACAUGGCAAAAUCAGAUUAUUAAAAGCAGGUUUAAGCUAUUACUCUGGACUGAAUCUUGACUCUUCUCUAUAUGGCCUAGGAAGCAACUCCAGAAGAUGGCAAUUGGAGAUGUCCAGUAAAUGUUGGACUUACCAGCAACUCCCAUACCCUGUGAAUGAAUUUAAAAUAAAGAUUGCUGUUUUUUUUUUGUCCUGGAGCUG